AUGGGUAGGAGGCUGGGUCUAUCCCCUUUUGGGAUAGUGUCACGUGCUUUCGCGCCCUUCCUCUUGCGCGUCGCUCACCAACUCCUCAUUUCAGGUCGACCGCCUGCGACCCUGCGCCUAACGCUAGCCUCGGGGACGACAAAGCGUCACCAAAAGAUGCUGUUCAGCAAACUCAGGAGGAGCGAGAGCGUAUUCUUCAAUGGGCAAGAGACAUCGUCAAAAAAUAUCCCUACCAGCCACGGGAAGUGCGACGGGAAGCUGCUAGUGCAAAGCAUCAAUUGA